GGUCGCUGCGGUUGCAAUAUACAUACUUUCUGGCUCUAUUAGAUUUACGGAUUUUAGACCCCUCGGCCACCUGCUAUUUACAAUGUCCUCCAUCAGCAUCGCAACUCUUCCCCGCAUGAGUCGGGAUGCCCUCUCAGCCUUGCUUCUUUCCGCCAGUACCCCCAGUAAACUGGCGAUUAUCGAUGUCCGGGACUCUGACCACGUCGGCGGCCACAUCCGCUCCUCAACCUGGGUCCCCAGCUCCUCACUCGACGUCCGCCUGCCCGAGCUCAUCCGCACCCUGAAGGAGAAAGAGAUGGUCGUGUUCCACUGUGCCCUCAGCCAGCAGCGUGGUCCGUCCGCCGCGCUGCGCUACGCCCGCGAACGGGAGCGUGUGUUGGGCGCCGAGGACAGCCCGAAGCAGGACGUCUACGUGCUGGAGGGUGGGUUUGUACAGUGGCAGGAGAAGUAUGGCAAGGAUACGAGAUUGACGGAGGCGUAUGUGGAGGAUAUCUGGCAGGAGUAUUGAGUUGUUUGUCCACGGAGCCCUUCGCUAGGGCUAUUUUGUGUUUCUUGUUCCUUGGUUCGUUUCGUGAUUGGUUAGAGCUGUGCAUGGGAGAUACCCGGUUAGAGAUGUAAUAGACUGGUUUGGUUUUAGUUUUUCUUUUCACAGGAUUGGUUUUGUUUGUUGGGGUUGGUGUAGAUGGCAUCGAGUGUGUAGUUCUUGCGUUGCUUUGUCUUUGAUUUUUUCUCUUUUUUUUCUCUCCUCUUUGUUGCCUGCGCAAAGACCCUGUCUUGUUAUGAAUGCGUAAAGUAUACCAACCAAAUGCUUGCAUGAAUCCAAAGCCAUCGGGAGAACACCAUGUGGAUUCGAGCUGGUACCAACGGGACACGGAGUGCGGGGAACUGCACAGUCAAUUGCACUGCAUGUCUCGC